GUGUCCGUGCUGUCAGUCAGUCAUUGAAACAUUGGUCCACAACCACCAUGUCUGCCAUAGAAGAACUGUAUCCGACUCCUUGCGCUUUCUGUCGCAUCAGUUCUGCGUAUCCGCCAGAAAGCUCGGACGUGCCUCAGUCUCCAGAUCCGGAGCGCGUUGACCCACAGUGCCAUCUCAUCCUCUCCGCGCCGCUGGUGCUCGCGUUUCUCGACAUUAUGCCCAUUUCCCCUGGGCAUAUUCUGCUCACAACUCGAAGGCAUUACCGAACACUAGGGGACCUCCCAGCAAGCAAAACGAACGAUACCUGGGUGGCACGACGGGCUGCCGAGGAGGCGCGCGAUACAUCCCGAGCCCUCGGCGAGUGGUUGCCCAUCAUCAGCAGGGCUCUUUGCAAGGUGACAGGCAUUGAGGACUGGAACGUGGUGCAGAAUAACGGAGAACGUGCAGCGCAAGUCGUGCCGCACAUUCAUUUCCAUCUCAUCCCGCGCUAUCAAGAAGGUCGGCAGGAAGCGCAGCAUAGUGGCAGAACUGACAGCGCGCUCAAAUCAUGGAAAAUGUUUGGGCGGGGCUCUCGGGAAGAUCUAGACGACGACGAGGCAAGAGAACUCGCGAACAGACUGCGGGAUGCUAUCAAAACGGAGGUGGAAAUCGGCAGCAAGACUUCCAAGCUUUGAUAUUGGGACUCACGCAAUGGGCGCCAUGUUCCACACUGGUCUAUGCACCUCGCUAUCUGACCCUUAUGAAGCGCCCCGACCCAGCUAUAUCACUGGAGGCGUCUCCAUACUCUGGCAACAGCUAAUUUGAUAUCAAUGGCCACAGCCUUGUCUUUCGGAAGCGUUAUCCGAUGUGUGAUCGAGUAUCGAGUCAAGCUUACCGCAAAAUACAAGAAGUCUGAAGAAGACUCCGCCACUCAAUGAUAGCCACGUUUCGACAGAAAGCAAGCUAUGGUCUGCAAGAUCCUUCCUCGCUAGUGCAUGUGAAACGCCGACUCCAACACACUCGCGCUUAUCCCAAGCUUGUCCUACGGCUUUGAGCACUGGGAUGGUCUAUAGCAUAUUGCCAUCUGGCAAUACUUUGAAGUUUUAAAUGAAAUUUCGAACACGUGAAGAUGAGCUCCU